UCUAGUGUCAGUGUCAUAUCUGUCAAAGUCAAGACAAAACGAGUUCAAUUCCGCCAUGUUUGUAUGUAGAAAGCUUCGUCUAAAUUGAAGGUUUAAUAACGAAUAAAUUUUAUAUUAAUCGGAACUUUGCGGAAUAAUCAACUGCAAAAAUGACUAUCGGAAAGAAUAAUAAAAUGCAGCAGCAUUUAAAUUAUCGCGUACGGGUUAUACUUCAGGAUUCUCGUACGUUUAUCGGUACUUUCAAGGCUUUCGACAAACAUAUGAAUUUGAUUUUGGGAGAUUGUGAAGAAUUCAGAAAAAUUAAAUCUAAGAACAGUAAAACUGUUGAUAGAGAAGAGAAAAGAACUUUGGGAUUUGUUCUGUUACGUGGAGAAAAUAUUGUUUCUCUAACUAUUGAAGGCCCACCACCUCCUGAAGAAGGUUUGCCACGAGUCCCUCUACCUGGUGCCAUGGGUGGACCUGGAGGAGGCCGUGCUGCCGGUCGUGGAUCAGGUCCAGGUGGAGCCCCUCCUGGAUUACAAGGUCCUGCAAGGGGUGUUGGUGGUCCAUCUCAACAACACAUGGCACCUGGUUCCAGAGGACAUCUGUCUGCACCACCACAAAUGCGUGGAGGUCCUAUGAUGGGUGGCCCACCCCCAGGCAUGAUGGGAGCCCCCCCUGGCAUGGGUCGCGGCGGUCCUGGAGGACGUGGUCCGCCUGGUAUGCGUCGAUAUUAGUUUAGAUGGCUUCAAGACAUGCCUUAUGGGUUGACAAUUUAUCAAAAACUUUGUUCAGCAAAGUUUGUGGAUACAUACACUUUCUAUGUGGUAUGUAUUAAUUGUGUAUGUUAAAAUGUGUCAGAUUAUUGACAUAAUGCAGUGAUAAUUAAAAAGUGCAUAGAUUUAAGUAUGUAUGUAUGUUUACUAAUAGAAGAUUAAGGUUUGAAA